GGCUCGGGGUGCCGGGGCUCCCGGUGUGGGGAAGCGGAAAGGCUCGGGGUGCCGAGGCUCCCGGUGGGGGGAAGCGGAAAGGCUCGGCGUGCCGAGGCUCCCGGUGCCCGGCCCGCCCUGUGGGGAAGAGGAAGGGCUCGGGGUACCGAGGCUCCCGGUGUGGGGAAGCGGAAAGGCUCGGGGUGCCGGGGCUCCCGGUGCCCGCUCCGUCCCGUGGGGAAGCGGAAGGGUUCGGGUGCCCGCUCCGCCCUGAGGAGGAGCAGAAGGGUUCGGGCUGCCGGGGCUCCCGGUGCCCGCUCCGCCCUGUGGAGGAGCAGAAAGGCUCGGGGUGCCCAGGCUCCCGGUGCCCGCUCCGCCCUGAGGAGAAGGAGAAAGGCUCGGGGGGCCGGGGCUCCCGGUGCCCGCUCCGCCCCGUGGGGAAGCGGAAGGGUUCGGGUGCCCGCUCCGCCCUGAGGAGGAGCAGAAGGGUUCGGGCUGCCGGGGCUCCCGGUGCCCGCUCCGCCCCGUGGGGAAGCGGAAGGGCUCGCGGUGCCGGGGCCGCCCCCCUCCCGCUGCCAUGGCGCGGCCGCCCCGCCGCGGCUGAGGGAGCCGCCAUGGCCGCGGCGCUGCGGGCCGCGCUCUGCGGCGGGCUGCUGCUCUGCGUUUCUGGAAUGGUCCCAGAGCCCCAGAACGUGAGAAUUACUUCAGUCAAUCUUCACAGCACCUUGCAGUGGGAUGCACCAAGGUUCCCCAGAGGGAACCUCACCUACACUGUCCGGUCCAAGAGCAUCUACUACCCUGGGGACACCUACGAGACGCUGAGGACGGGGCUGAGGCUGCCCUGGUGUGACGUGUCCUCGCUGUCGCCCUACGGCAGCUACGUGCUGCAGCUGCGGGCCGAGGCAGGAGAGCUGCACUCCCCCUGGGUCACCCUCACCUUCAAGCCCAUGGAUGACACCAGCAUUGGCCCCCCUGAGGUGAGGCUGAAGUCCGAGUCCGGGGCCCUGCACGUGGAUGUCUCGGGGCCCUUUGCGGAGCACGAGCAGGACAGGUGGCCCCUGAGGCUCUACUACGGCUCCUGGAGGUACAGGAUCCUCUACUGGAAGAAGGGCAGCAGAGACACAGAGCUGGCCUCUGCUUCCUGGGUAGCUCAGGUGGACACCAGGCACAGCUCAGAGAUCCUGGCCCAGCUGGAGCCAUGGACAGUUUAUUGUGUGCGAGUGCAGGCGCUGAUUCCCGAGUGGAACAAGGCAGGGCAGCUGAGCAGGGAGCUCUGUGAGCAGACAACCCACAACGGUGUAACCCCUGUGUGGAUAAUCGUGACUGUUCUGGUGGGGUCCAUGCUGGUCGUGGGCACAGCUGCCAUCGUUUGUUUCUUCUCCAGUUUCUAUCUGUACAGACUCUCCAAACAUGUUUUCUGCCCAUCCUACAUUUUCCCACAACACUUGAAAGAGACUGAGAAAGAUCCGUUAUCACCUGGCAAAAUGUCAUUUGCUACGAUUCAUCAUCAUCCUAGAAAAGUAUUAUUGAAUAAGUGGGAUGCAGAGCAAGGCUCUUCCCUUGAGAUUGUGGUGCUGUGAAAAAAGAGCUGCUUUACAGGAGGAACUGUGAAUAACCCACAGGACCACUUGUGAGCAAUGUACUGGAAAUAUCCCUUCCCUGGGGACUGGAGUUCCUGAAAUUUGCUGUGCAUUCCCUCAAGCCAUUACUGCAGACACUGAGGGCAUGGAAUGAUGAUGGCAACACAAAGACAGAAGAGAAGCCCCUGGGGAAGCCUGAGAGAGGAAAUCCUCGCUCCAGCAUCACCGAUGAGCAUCACCAACCCCAGGAUUGCCCACUGGAGAAAGCACCAAAGAAUCUGACCAACAACUUCCAGUUUUUCCAUUUUCCCAUCAACUCUGCCAGCAGUCACUCAACUCUCCUCUCUAAUUUCCAUUCCCUCCUCUCUGCUCCUCUGGUUCUGUGGCAGUUUUUCAAAGCACGUUACAGUUCCUCAGAGAGCGACUUGGUUUUCCCAUCUGGGUGAGUGUCCUGACAAGAGGAUUUGCAGUGGGUUGGAUCUUCAGCUGUGCUGACCCAAGGGUGAAACUGGGGUCUGGAACUCCCCUGAACAGGGCAGAACUCACUGAUCACUGGGAAAUUCCAGCCUGGAGAGGAGAAGCUCCAGGGAGAGCUCAGAGCCCCUGGCAGGGCCUGAAGGGGCUCCAGGAGAGCUGCAGAGGGACUGGGGACAAGGCCUGCAGGGACAGGAGCCAGGGAAUGGCUCCCAGUGCCAGAGGGCAGGGCUGGAUGGGAGAUUGGGAAUUGGGAAUUGUUCCCUGGCAGGGUGGGCAGGGGCUGGGAUGGAAUUGCCAGAGCAGCUGGGGCUGCCCCUGGAUCCCUGGCAGUGCCCAAGGCCAGGUUGGACACUGGGGCUGGAGCAGCCUGGCACAGUGGGAGGUGUCCCUGCCAUGGCAGGGUGACACUGGGUGGGAUUUAAGGUCCUUCCAACCCAAACCUGUCUGGGAUUCUAAAUAUUCUCCAUGAAGAUGGAACUUGCAGAUGUGUUCAAAAUUACACAUUUUGAAGGCACCACAGGCUGUAAGAAGAGGUUUUUGCCAGGCUUUCCUCAUUCUUCCAGCCUGGUCGAUGCCACCUAGGACACUUCUGUCCUUCCAAGCCUAUUCCCAGGACCAUCAUGGCUGGAAGAGCCCUUUGGAAUCACCCAGUCCCACCUCAGCACCAGCAUCACCCCAAACCCUGUCCCCAAGGGCCACAUCCAGGCCUCUGGGACACUUCCAGAGACAGUGACUCCAAACCUCCCUGGGCAAACCAUUCCAAUGCCUGACCCAAAAGAACAUCCUUCCUGCUCUUCAGCACUGCUGAGGCCUUGUGGAGAGCUGUGAGCAGGGCUGGGGAGUCAGGAGGAGGACAAGGAACAGAGAGGAGGUGUCAUUAUGUGGCCUGGGGAAAGAAGUCUGAUGGCAGGGUAAUGAGAGGGUUAAAAAAUGGGAAAGGCUUCUGAGUGCUGGGAAUGACUCACCUGUGCUCUGUGUCCCUGAGGGAGCUGAAAGCAGUUACAGGACUGCAAUAAAACUGAGACAAGGAAAGUUUUCUAAUGCUGAAACAAAAAUAAACCCCAGAGGUGAUACUGCCUGAGAAGGGGGAUAUUACAAAAAUCCGUUGGGAAGGGGUAGACAGAUCCAAUCCCUCCUUGGGCUCCCUGGGGUCCUUCCUUCCUGGACCACUGCUCCUACACUUUUCACACAAGAUGAAAUGCUCUAUUUGCCCCUUUCAUUCUGUUCCAGAGCUGACAUGAGAAGAAACCACCAAAUUGUGUCUCCUUUGUCUGUCAGCCAACAAAAAUAAACCCAGCAGAGCCCAAACUCCA